AUGGAGUAUACUGAAGAACUUCCCGGCACACGCCGCAUUUUUGACACUGAAGGAAAGCCACUCUAUCCUGGGGAUGUGUCACUGAAGAGGCACGGGGACAUUGUCCUGGUUCCUCAGCCCACUGACUCGCCCAACGAUCCUCUCCAUUGGUCUUUGCCCCGGAAAAUAUGGCACAGUUUGCUCGUUUGCUACGUCACGGCUUUGACGGCGGCCACUUCCAACGACGCGGGCGCCGCUCAAUACAAUGAGAAUCUGGAACUGGGUAUCAGCUAUGGCUCGUUCAAUACCGGCGCCGGCGUCCUGUUCUGCGGUAUUGGGUACUGGACAUUGCUUUCCUCUCCCGCCGUCUACCUGUACGGUCGUCGCAUUCUAUACUUGGUUGGCAUGACGCUGGGUUUCAUUGGUAGUAUUUGGUUCGCGAGAGGGCAGUCGACAAGCGAUGCUGUCUGGAAUCAGCUCUUUGUGGGCGCAUCCGAGUCUGUGGCUGAAGCGACGGUUCAGUUGUCACUGAUGGAUCUGUGGUUUCAACAUCAGCGCGGUUCAAUCCUCGGUAUUUACGUGCUGGCGACCAGUAUUGGUACAUACUUGGGACCUCUGAUUGCGAGCUACAUUGCAGACAGCAGCCUCGAUUGGCGCUGGAUUGGAUAUUUCGGAGCUAUCAUCUCUGGGGGCACCUUUUUCGUGCUUCUUUUUGGUCUGGAGGAGACGGCAUUCCACCGCGAUCGGUAUUUGAUCAAUGAUGGAGACAGAUAUUUGAUCGAUGGUGUUAACAGGGCUGGUAGCGACAAUUCCGCAGGGUUGGAGGCGGAACAACCGGAGAAGGAGAAAGUUGCUGGUCAACCCGAGCCUCCAGCGGUGUCUGGUCGUCACGCUUCUGUUGCAGAAGAGCGACUUGCGGCCGAGGACCGCCCCAAGCCAUAUUGGCGACGCAUUGCCAUUAUUACUCCCGCGCCGAAUCUACGCGGAUUUGGCUUCAAGCAAUAUUUUCAGCGUCUCUUCCACACUCUGCGCAUCUUUACGUUUCCUGCGGUUAUAUACUCUGGGUUGCAGUGGGGAGCCCAAGACGCCUGGCUCACUUUUUAUCUGACAGUCGAGGAAGACAACUGGUAUGGUCCACCGUGGAACUACAGCGAUGCCGCUGAUGGGUUGAUGAACGUGCCCUGUUUGAUUGGCGCCGUCAUUGGAGCCACAUAUGGUGGAUGGCUCAGUGACCAGUUCAUGUUAUGGAUGGCCAGGAGAAACGGAGGUGUCAGCGAAGCAGAACAUCGACUAUGGCUCAUGUAUCCGUGUGCGGCCAUCUUCCCGACUGGCCUGUGGCUGUUUGGCAUUGGGACCAGCUACGGAUGGUCCUGGCCUGCGCCGUAUGUUGGCCUGGGGUUCAUCGGCUUUGGAUGGGGCUGUUGUGGUGAUCUGAGCAUGGCCUAUCUGAUGGACGCCUAUCCGGACAUGGUCUUGGAGGGCAUGGUGGGCGUCGCAACGAUCAACAACUCAAUCGCACUCGUCUUCACCUUCACAGCUUCGGACUGGAUCGAGGCGAGCGGUGUUCGGAACACGUUUGUUGCAAUAGGGGUAUUGGCAUUUGUUUUCAUCAUGACAACUGUGCCCAUGAUGAUUUGGGGCAAAACUUCUCGUCGCUGGACAAGGAACCGAUACCAGCGCUUCUUGGAAAUUCGCGAUGGGUUCUCAUCCUAA